GCGCGGCGGCAGACGGGUGCAGCACCCGGCGCUCACGGCAGCAUCUGCUCCUCCUCCUCCUCCUCCUUUUCCUCCUCCUCCUUUUCCUCCUCCUCCUCCUCCUCCUUCUCCACCUCCUCCUCCACCUCCUCCUCCUUCUCCUCCCGGGAGCUUUGACGGUACCUUCUCCUCCGCCCGGCUCGUCGCCACCGCCGCCGUAUCCCCGCCACCGCCGUAUCCCCGCCACCGCCGUAUCCCCGCCACCGCCGCCACCGCGGCGCCCCGACGAAGGGGAGAAGACGCAGCUGGGCCGCCGCCGUUAGAGGGGUCCCCAGCUGCCGCUCGCUCGGUCCGCCGUCGCCUCGGAGGUCGGUCCUCCCGCGGGGUCUCCGCUUCCUCCUCCCAACGCCGGCGCCCGCUCACCGCCGGGAUGGGGCUCCUGGACUCGGAGCCGGGCAGCGUCCUGAACGUGGUGUCCACUGCGCUCAACGACACCGUGGAGUUCUACCGCUGGACCUUGUCCAUCACAGAUAAACGUGUGGAAAAUUGGCCUCUGAUGCAGUCCCCAUUGCCUACGCUUUGUAUAAGUACCCUUUACCUCCUGUUCGUGUGGCUGGGUCCAAAAUGGAUGAAGGACCGAGAACCUUUCCAGAUGCGUUUAGCGCUCAUUAUCUAUAAUUUCGGGAUGGUUUUGCUCAACCUUUUUAUCUUCAGAGAGUUAUUCAUGGGAUCAUAUAACGCAGGAUAUAGCUAUAUUUGCCAGAGUGUGGAUUAUUCGGAUAACGUUCACGAAGUCAGGAUAGCUGCCGCUCUGUGGUGGUACUUUAUUUCUAAAGGAAUUGAGUAUUUGGACACAGUGUUUUUUAUCCUGAGGAAGAAGAACAACCAAGUCUCCUUCCUUCACGUAUAUCAUCACUGUACAAUGUUUACAUUGUGGUGGAUUGGAAUUAAGUGGGUCGCAGGGGGACAGGCAUUUUUCGGAGCCCAGCUGAAUUCCUUCAUCCAUGUGAUUAUGUACUCAUACUACGGGUUAACUGCCUUUGGCCCAUGGAUUCAGAAGUAUCUUUGGUGGAAACAAUACCUGACCAUGCUGCAGCUGGUUCAGUUCCACGUGACCAUUGGGCACACAGCGCUGUCCCUUUACACCGAUUGCCCCUUCCCCAAAUGGAUGCACUGGGCUCUCAUUGCCUAUGCAGUCAGCUUCAUAUGUCUCUUCCUUAACUUCUACGUUCGGACGUACAAAGAGCCUAAGAAAGCAAAAACUGGAAAAACAGCUGCGAAUGGUAUUUCAGCCAACGGCGUGAACAAAUCAGAAAACCACCUAGCGGUAGAAAAUGGAAAAAAGCAGAAAAAUGGAAAAGCAAAAGGGGAGUAAAGUGAACUGGGCUUUACCUGGUGUCGACAGCGAGGAAGCUCCCUCUUCAUAUAAGAUUUCAGGGAAACCAGAAGUAAAUGAGGGUUUGGGGAUGGGGAGAAAAAGACAAACGCGCUCUAUGUAUUAGUAACCUUUAGAUUGAGUAAAGUGUUAAAUACAACACCCGGAUGUUUUAUUUAUGAAGUUUUUAUUUUAAACACUUUUUUUUAUUAGCCUUGAUGUUGUCAGACCAAAGCAAUCAUCACGUGACUUUGGAGGCCCCCUCCCCCUGUUCAUAUUCGUGUGUACAAUGUAUGAGAGUUUUCAUGUCUCUUCAUUCUUCAGACUGAUAAUCACAAAAACAUGGUCUUUAUGCAUUUUUUUUUUUGGCUAAAUUGCUACUUACCUACUGAUGAAAAUCAGUUACCUUCCAUCUUCUGGUCCCUAACUGGAAAUGCAGAUACUUUAAAACGUGCACAUUUGAAUUCAUUUGCUGACUGGAGUGGUCAAAUCUCUCCACCUCUAGUCUGAAGAUACCCUUUUGGUUGGAAUUAAAUUUUUAAAAUCUGAUGAUCUCUGUAGACUCUUAGAGGCUUGAUGUUGAUGGUGUUGGUGAAAAUAAGAAUUACAGUAAAAUCCUGCCCGAUGACUCAAAGGUCACCGUGACCUGCAGCACAAAUCACUGUGGGAAACAAUUUUUGUGAUGAAAAGGCAACCUUUCAAUACUCCUGUUAC